AUGAACGCAAUUGUUAAAAAUGCAUUGCGUGUUAGCACAGCAAAUAAGUCAACAAAAUAUCUGGGAUUCAUGUGGAACGUGGGUAAUUAUCGUAAUGACAGUUCUAAAUAUUCAACUACAUCAAAUAAAUUAAAUAAUGCUUGUAAUUAUGAAUCUGGAAAAUCACAAGUUACUCAAGCUGAAAAAGGGUUGUCUAAGUAUUGGAAAGUCUUAAAUGCUGCUGUUAACAAAACAUUUUCAACAAAUACAGCUGAUGGAACAUAUUUAGUUGAAAGUUUACAAAAUGAAAUUCCUUCUAAUGAUGAAAAAGGAUUAGCCCUAAAAGUUGGUAACUUUGAUGUAUCAGUUAAUCGUGGUAAAUUUACAUUAAAAACCCAGGAAAACGAUGAAAUUUUUAUUUUGCCUCUAGCAGUUGCCAUUAAACAUGAAGAUGAAUUGAUUAAAAAUUUACAGAAUGAAUCUGGUGCUGGAGAAAAAGAAACAUUGACAUCAAAAGUUGGCAAAUUUAAUGUAUCACUUGAUAGUGGCAAAUUAAUAUUAAAAAUAGAAGAGAAUGAUGAAACUUUUAUUUUCAAUCACAAAAUUGGCAUUAAAGUUUACAAAAAAUCGACUGACAAUUUACAGAAUAAAAUUGCUACUGAAGAUGAAGCCAUAGAAAAAAGCUUAAAACUUCCAGUAAACAGUAAUUAUGUUGCAUCAGUUGAUCAAACUAAAUUAACAUUAAAAACACAAGGUUCUGAUAAAACUUUACUUUAUAAACCUCAUUGUAACUACAUAUCGUCCGAACAAUGGGCUGAAAAUGGAGUUGGUGCCAAAGAAAAAACAAAUGAACCCCUUCAAAUAAUUGGUCAUCAUCAUGUGUUAGUUGAAGGAGGUCAAGUAACUGUAAAAACUAAAAAAAGUGAUGAAGUUUUCGUUUUCGAUCACACAGUUGAUAUUGAGUCUUGCAAAGAAUUGGCUAAAAAUUUAACAAAUAAAAUUGCUGCUGAAAAAAAAGAUGAAAAAAUAUCAUCAAAAAUUGGUAAAUUUGAAGCAGUACUUGAGAGCGGUGAGACAUCAUUAAAAACCCAAGAUGAUGAUGAAACUAUUGUUUUGAAAUAUGCAGUCCACCUGAUAGUUGACAUAGAUGGUACAGAACCAAUCAUAAAUAUUACUCGGUACUUAAGAGCUGCCAUUAUUAAUUAUCCGGAUGAAUAA